GGGGGCGACGGCGGCGGCGGCGGCGGCGGCGCGGGUGGCGGCGGCUGCCUGAGGAGGCGCGGGCGGCGGCGGCGGCGGCGGCGGCGGAGGCCGAGGCGGAGCCUGGAGAGGUGUGGCUGGACCAAGACCUCCCCUGAUGUAAGCAGGCUCCCUCCUCCCCCCCACCGCCCAUUGCCACCACGCCAGGGGACAUCCUCAAGCCCUGGCCCUUAGGGGAGAGAUAACAGGAGCCCAGAGCCGAGACCAUGUGACGGCGCUGGCCCUUGCCACCGCCGUCCCCCAACCCUGGCCCCAGGCCUGGCACCAUGAUGUUCCGAGACCAAGUAGGCAUCCUCGCUAGCUGGUUCAAGGGCUGGAAUGAGUGUGAGCAAACAGUGGCUCUGCUGUCACUUCUGAAGCGGGUCACUCGUACCCAAGCCCGCUUUCUGCAGCUCUGCCUGGAGCACUCGCUAGCCGACUGCAAUGAUAUCCACCUGCUGGAGUCAGAGGCCAACAGUGCUGCCAUCGUCAGCCAGUGGCAACAGGAGUCCAAAGAGAAGGUGGUGUCCCUCUUGCUAUCCCACCUGCCCCUGCUCCAGCCAGGCAACACAGAGGCCAAGUCCGAGUACAUGAGACUUCUGCAGAAGGUGCUGGCCUACUCCAUCGAGAGCAAUGCCUUCAUUGAGGAGAGCCGCCAACUCCUUUCCUAUGCCCUCAUCCAUCCAGCCACCACACUGGAGGACCGCAAUGCGCUCGCCCUCUGGUUGAGCCACCUGGAGGAGCGGCUGGCUAGUGGUUUUCGUACCCGGCCAGAGCCCUCCUACCAUUCACGCCAGGGCUCAGAUGAAUGGGGGGGUCCUGCAGAGCUGGCCCCUGGAGAGGCAGGACCAGGCUGGCAGGACAAGCCACCCCGGGAAAACGGACAUGUACCUUUUCACCCGUCGAGCUCAGUGCCGCCAGCCAUCAACAGUGUUGGGAGCAAUGCAAACCCAGGUCUCCCCUGCCAAAUCCACCCUAGCCCACUGAAGCGCUCCAUGUCACUCAUCCCUACAAGCCCCCAGGCCCCUGGUGAGUGGCCGAGUCCAGAGGAGCUUGGGGCCCGGGCUGCCUUCACCACGCCCGACCACGCACCCCUCUCGCCACAGAGCAGUGUGGCCUCCUCUGGCAGUGAGCAGACGGAGGAGCAGGGCUCCAGCCGGAACACUUUCCAGGAGGAUGGCAGCGGGAUGAAAGACGUGCCCUCGUGGCUCAAGAGCCUCCGCUUGCACAAGUAUGCUGCUUUGUUCUCACAGAUGAGCUACGAAGAGAUGAUGACUCUAACAGAGCAGCACCUAGAGUCGCAGAAUGUCACCAAAGGUGCCCGGCACAAGAUAGCACUGAGCAUCCAGAAGCUUCGUGAGAGACAGAGCGUCCUCAAGUCCUUAGAGAAGGAUGUGCUGGAAGGUGGCAAUCUGCGGAAUGCUCUGCAGGAGCUGCAGCAGAUCAUCAUCACCCCAAUCAAGGCCUACAGUGUCCUUCAGGCCACCCCUACUGCCAAGGAUGGGGGUCGUGGGGAGCCGCUACUGCCAGGUGCUGAGCCUCCCCUCACCCACCCUGGAACAGACAAGGGCACUGAGGCCAAGGACCCUCCAGCUGCAGAGAACUAUCCUCCUCCACCAGCUCCAGCUCCCUCUGAUAGCAGUGAGCCAGCCCCAGCUCCCGUCGCCGACGGAGACAUCCCCAGCCAGUUUACACGGGUGAUGGGCAAAGUAUGCACCCAGUUGCUGGUGUCCCGACCAGACGAGGAGAACAUCACCAGUUACCUCCAGCUCAUCGAAAAGUGCCUGACUCACGAGGCUUUCACAGAGACACAGAAGAAGCGGCUGCUGUCCUGGAAGCAGCAAGUGCUGAAACUCCUCCGAACGUUUCCGCGCAAGGCUGCACUGGACAUGCAGAACUACAGACAGCAAAAAGGCUGGGCAUUUGGCUCCAACUCGCUCCCCAUAGCUGGCUCUGUGGGGAUGGGUGUGGCCCGGCGGACCCAGCGGCAGUUCCCAAUGCCUCCUCGGGCCCUCCCACCUGGCAGGAUGGGCCUUCUGAGCCCGUCAGGCAUUGGGGGUGUCUCUCCUCGACAUGCCCUUACCAGCCCCAGUCUUGGGGGUCAGGGCCGACAGAACCUGUGGUUUGCCAACCCUGGAGGCAGUAACAGCAUGCCCAGCCAGAGCCGUAGCUCUGUGCAGCGUACUCACUCGCUCCCAGUCCACUCAUCACCGCAGGCUAUUCUCAUGUUCCCUCCAGACUGCCCGGUACCUGGGCCUGACCUGGAGAUCAAUCCCACCCUGGAGUCUCUGUGUCUGAGCAUGACAGAACACGCCUUGGGUGAUGGGACAGACAAAACCUCCACCAUCUGACGGGACCCACAGCCCAGCGCACCCAUAGGCUCCCUGGGCGGCGGGCGGGGGCCAUCCCCCAACAGGCUUCUUCUCGGCAGCGAGAGGGUGGGCUGGCGCAGCUAUACAUUCUGAUAUUUUUCUA